UUACUACUCCGUGUUUAUAUAUGCACACACCAUUACUACUGCUGUAUCUAGCUAGGAAACACAAACUCUCAUGAUUUCCUACAAAAUAUCUUCACAAAUUCUACCGACUUACUGUAAAUUUGACUGAAUUUAGAAUGCAUGUUUUGAUGAGAAAGUUAGUAAUAGAAGAAGCUAAGUAAGUCAGAGACUCAGAGGUACCCGAUCGAAGAAUAUUCUUAUAUAUAAUUAGUAUAAAAAGAUAAAAUCAUACCAAAAUAUAUAGAGGAGAAAAGAAAAGAAAAGAAAGCAAGCAAGCCAUGGGAAGACCUCCUUGUUGUGAUAUAGUUGGUAUCAAGAAAGGGCCUUGGACUCCUGAAGAAGACUUAAUUUUAACAUCUUAUAUCAAACAACAUGGAUCAGGGAAUUGGAGAUCAGUUCCAACUUAUACCGGUUUGCUAAGGUGCAGCAAAAGUUGCAGGUUGAGAUGGACUAAUUACUUAAGACCAGAAAUUAAGAGGGGAAAGUUCACUGAAGCUGAAGAAAAGAUGAUAAUUAGUCUUCAAAGUGUAUUGGGCAACAAAUGGGCAGCAAUAGCUUCGUAUCUUCCACAAAGAACAGAUAAUGAUAUAAAGAAUUAUUGGAAUACACAUUUAAAGAAAAAACUGGACAUGUUUCAUUCGGUACGACACCGGCCUCAUCAUUUGGGAUCAUCAUCAUCAUUGGAUUCUUCAACAAGCUUUCAAUUUUUUAAAAGAGAACACCAUCAUUUGAUCCAUAAAAGCUCAUCCCUAAAUAAGUUCAUCAGUACUAUUACUAGUAAUAGUACUAGUACUCCCUCAUCUACUACUUACGCUUUUAGCACAGGAAACGUUUCAAGACUCUUGAAAGAUUGGAUGAAGACUUCUCCUGAUGAGUUGAAUAGAAAUACUACCCUCAAAUUAAAGACUACCCAAACAAGAGAGAAAGUACUACCCGAUGGCAUCGAUAAUUCCAAUAACAACAGUGGUAACAAUAACCUUGAUGAUGGCAAGAUACUUGCUAAGAAGAUUAAAAUAGAAGAAAUCUGUAAUGGCGAUGAUGAUUUUAUCUCAAAAGAGGCUGCAGAUUAUAACUUCGAAUCUAUUUUAACAUUUGAGAAUAUAAGUAGUUGUUGGGAGCAGAACUCUUCUUUAGACUCAACUACGGUUCAUGGGUCGACAUCGGCCACCCGGGAAGAAUGUCAAACAACUACCACUACUACAACUACUACCCCAAUCAAUGAUAAGGUUGAUCCGAUAUCCGAGAGUGGUCGCCAAGGGUUGAUUGAAGGUGAUCAAAACCAACCUCUAUUUUGUUUACUGGAGAAGUGGCUCAUGGAUCAUGAAGCAACUGGACAGGUUCUUGAGGAAGAUCAUCGCCAGAAAUCUCUCCAAUAUUUUGAUCAAAUUUAAAUAAAGCAUGCGGUUACGGCAUAUUGCUUUUCUUCUUUCUCUCCAUAUGUGCACAACUUACGCGCAAGAAGAAAAUUCGAAUUAAUAAUUAUGUGGUGCGAUGAUCUAGAUAAGGGGUACUGUUCUUUAUGAGUAUUAGUUUGUGUUGCAAGAACAUGAUAUGUAAUCUCUUUCACAGAGUGAAUCAUGCAACGGUUACGGUUUAUUAUGAAAAUAAAAUGUAGCUAGCUAAGCUGGAUCAAUUUCAAUAUUCCUUUGCUUUGCUGGUUUACCUAAGAGGUUUCGUAUGUUAUGCGUGGGAGAAGUACUGC